AUGAGCGUGUCGUCGUCCAUGGCCAUGAGCAAGAAGGCGUCGUCGUUGGUAGUGGCGGCGAGCAUGAGCGCCGUGGAGGCGCUCAAGGACCAGGCGGGGCUGUGCCGGUGGGACUACGCGCUCCGUUCGCUCUACAACCGCGCCGCCGCCGCCAAUAAGGUCGUCGUCACUGGCCGCGCCGUGCCGGUGUCGCUCUCGUCGUCCCAGGCCGCGGGCGCGGCCUCCACUCCCGCGGCCGCCGGCAGGGCCGCCAGGCCCAGGCGGUCGGAGGAGGAGAAGCUGCACAAGGCGUACCACCUCGUCUGCUGGGGCCCUAAUUAG